AUGUCCGACAAGGAUCAUUAUAUGGCGGCAGAAAUAUCUUCGAUAGUCCACACUUUGACUAUUCCACAAAUUCUAUACGUCCUCAAUGCAGUAAAAUCACUAACCAUCGCCUCUAGGGACACUAGUAGGCAGUUAUUACUCCAAAAUCCACAACUUGUAUAUGCUAUUAGUCAUUGUAUAUAUUUGUUGGAUAUUGUAGACGAGUCUUUGCUGCCUCUGGAUGAUACGGACAGGGAAAUCGCACGGAUCAAUAAACUUGAAAGAAAAGGAUGGGAUAGCCAACCAUUAGAAACUUUUGAUACAAUUGUUUCACCGUUAGCUCAACAAGUUCAUCCUCCUCCGCCUCCAACACAACCCUUACCUCAGCAGCAAAAUCCUUAUAGACACCCACCAUCAGUCAUUAAGGAGACUCGAAUUAGCGAACCGACUGACAUAUUCCACAACAUCGUACCGGCACCUAAAGCUCUAGUGGAUGAGGUGCUGAAGAAUAAGGAAAUAUUGACCAAUAUACAAAAUGCCACCAAGGCAGAAAUGGAUACCUGGCCUCAAGAACAACGGGCUCAAGUUAUGUCAAUUAAGGCAGCAUUGAAGAUUCGUGGCUAUCAUGUCAUAUAUUGA